AUGGGAAUCGUACAUCCCGAGGCGGUGGCUUACGUGAACUCAAUCCCGCAGCUCAACGCCACGAUCGUCAUGCUCUGGGACGACUACCUCGUGCGCAUCAACCAGAGUACGCCAUUUUACGAGUAUUAUCGAGGUCGUGGUGUACGUGUACUGUAUUAUUCCAUCCCGGACCUCAACGCCACGAUCGUCAUGCUCUGGGACGACUGCGCAUCAACCAGAGUACGCCACUUUACGAGUAUUAUCGAGGGGUUGCAGUGGGGUGGCAUGUGCAGUAUUAUCGAGGUCGUGGUGUACGUGUAUUAUUCCAUUCCGCAGCUCAACGCCACGCUCCUCCCUCUCAACUUGUUUUUUUCUCUCUUCUCCCUCUCUUCCUAUGCCUCCUCCUCCACACUUACUUUCAGACGCCACAAUGCUAGCCAAGACGCUACAAUGCUGGCAAAAGUCGGAGGAAUAACAGACCCGAACCCAGCCGACUGUCUGAUAGACGUGGCCACGCCCAACCCGCAGUGGGCGCGCUACCUGGACGAGUGGGAUGCGGUGCUGCUCGAGACCACCACGCACUGGCGCUCGCUCUCCAAGGGGCCGCGCAUGGUGUAUACGAACGAGAACUGGAGCAAGCUGAGCCUGGAUCAGUACCAGGCGCACAGCCAAGCCCUGACGAGCGUUCGCACGCACUUCAGCAAUCGCAAGAAGCUGGGGAAAGUGCUGCCUGUUCCGUUCUUCAUGACGGCUCCCCCGCAGCACAACGCCAAGAAGGUUGGCGGGAACGGCGUGUGCGGGUCACCUGGCCGGAUGCUGAACGCGAAAGAGAUGGGCAAGCUACAGCGCACCAACGUGCAGAUGAAGCUGUUCCUGCCCAUCCAAAAGAAGGUCUUCCCUCCAGACUCGGGCGUUCGCCGCAUGGACAUCACCACUAUGAGCGCCUUCCGGCCCGAGGCUCACAUUGGCGGUUUUAUGGGCGGGAAGAAGGGAUCCGAUUGUCUGCACUGGUGCCAGCCUGGGGUGCCGGACGUGUGGGUCGACCUCUUCUACGAGAUGCUUCGCCGGGAGCCCCUCAUCAACCCCACUCCUGACGGCCUCUACGCUCCUGCACCUCCCCCCAAGCCUAGCCCCAAGCCUAGCCCCAAGCCUAGCCCCAAGCCUAGCCCCAAACCUAUGACAUGGCGGCUCUGGCACAAGAAGAUGAGCUGUCUACCGGAGCUUGUUGUAACAAUGUUACCAGCAGCACGGCCAGGUUCGGCAGCGAGCUGA